UUAUCCUUAUGAGUAUUCAAAAUACGACACAGACGGAUUUCACCGUCUGUUCAACACCAGAAUGUGCCAAGACAGCACAAUCCAUUUUAAGUUUUGUUGACUUUAAUGUGGAUCCAUGCUCUGAUUUCUACCAAUAUACCUGUGGAAGCUGGUUAAACAAGACUACGAUUGCUGAAGACCGUACUUCUGCAGGAACGCUGGAAACAUCCACUGAUGUAAACACGGAUAUCAUGCAUGCAAUCUUGGAAGGUAGCUAUCAAGACAUUUACUCGCAUUUGUUCAGUACAGCAGACGGGUUCCAUACAGACGACCAAGCUAAAGCAGACAAAGAAAAUUUCGAUACAAUGAAAAACUAUUACGAUUUGUGCAUGAAUGAAAACAAGACAAACUCACUAGGUCCUACACCUAUUUAUGAAAUCAUUGCCAUGGUUGAAAACAACUUGUUUCCUGUUAAGGACAACAAUUCGACAAUGAUUGAUAAAAAUGCAACACUUUGGAUGAGCCAAACACUCGCCUUUUUGAAUAAAUAUGACAUUAGUACUUUGAACAGCAUUUCUGUAGGGGCAGAUGAUAAGCGACCUGACUGGAAUGCCAUCUGGUUCGAUCAAGCUGAACUUGGUUUACCUUCCAGAGAAUACUAUAGUGACCCUACAGCCAUUAGCAAAUAUAAGACAGGGCUUGAAGAUAUUUUGUACAAAGUAUUGGGUGACUACUCCAACAAUACCCAAGAUGCAGAUAUGCGUCGCUUGCAAAGUAACAAGACUGGUUUUGGUCUCUGGACCAAGGAGAAAAUUACGGCCAGUGUUGAUCGUUACAUUGCAUUCGAAACACAAUUAGCCAACAUCUCUUUGAAAAAUGAUGAAUUACAAGACCCAGUCAAAAUGUACAAUCCUAUCAAACUAGAAGAUUUUCAAGCCCAAAACCCAACAAUUGACUGGACUAGCAUCUUGAAAGCACUCGUGAGUGACGAUAUUACUAUUCCAGACACGAUUAUUGUCCGAACCCCUGAAUACUAUCAAAGACUCAAUGGCUUGCUCUCGAAUGGAACUGUUAGCUUAUCGACUCUACAAGAAUACUUUAUUAUCCAGUAUGUUAUCUCUAGAACCUAUGCUUUGGAUAGAGAAUCACGUGCUGCUACUCAAAAAAUGAAUGGUGCUAUCUCUAGUGGUACAUCCAUUGAACAAGCUCGUUGGCGUGUCUGUGUAGGCUACACAAGUAAGAUAUUCAAAAACACAAUGGGUCGUUACUAUACUUUGAGAAAAUUUGGAGGUGAAAACGAAAGAAAGAAAGCCGAAGAACUCUUGACUACCAUUCAUCAAGCAUGGUUAGAUCGCUUGCCUAACAUUGAAUGGCUGGAUGAGCAAACAAGAGAAAAAGCGAUUGAAAAGGUUAAUUUGAUCAAGCACAAAGUGGCUCUUAGUAUCGUUUCGCCUGAUUUGAGACAGCCCAAUUCAAUCAAGGAGUUUAACCAAGGUCUUUAUGUGAACGAGAAUAGCUUUCUUGCUACUGAAAACGGUGCUUCUGCAUUCUAUGCCUCAAAGACAUGGAACAAAAUUGGUAAAGAGAUUGAUAAAGAUGAAUGGUACAUGUCACCUCAAACAGUCAAUGCCUAUUAUUCACCCAAUGAAAAUGAGAUUGUCAUUCCUGCUGGUAUCAUGCAAGCACCAAUCUAUGAUGCUGAACAACCCGAGUAUUUGAACUAUGGUGGUAUUGGUAUGGUCAUUGGCCAUGAGUUAACUCAUGCAUUUGACAGUUCAGGAAGGAAAUACGACGGAAAUGGUAAUCUGGUUGACUGGUGGACAAACGCAACGUCUGCUAAAUUCGAAGAAAAGACACAAUGCUUUAUUGAUCAAUACAGUAAGUUCAAUAUAUCUGGUCCUGAUAGCAAGACUGUCAAUGUGAACGGCAAGUUGACUCUGGGUGAGAACCUUGCUGAUAAUGGUGGUAUAUCUGCUUCUUUAUCUGCCUAUCACAGUUUCUUAAAAUCAGCAAACCAUACUGAUGCACAACAGAGAUUGCCUGGUCUUGAAAAAUUUUCACCUGAAGCUUUGUUUUUCAUUAAUUUUGGAAGACUUUGGUGCCGAAAGCAAAGACCUGAACUUGCUCUUCGAUUAGUUCUCACUGAUGAACAUUCUCCUUCUAUUGCUCGAGUCAAUGGUGUUGCACAAAAUAGUGCUGAAUUUGCUAAAGUAUUCAAUUGCCCUGCUGGUAGUCCUAUGAAUCCCGUAAAUAAAUGUGACAUUUGGUAAACCAUCUAAGCUUUUUUCGCACAAUGUACUAUCAAUAAAUCAUUUUUAAUUACUCUAGAUCUGUAAAGUAUUGACGUAAAAGAUGAUUCAUGGUCUUUGUACAUACUUUCAAGAGAAAU